AUGGUUCCAAAUCAGGCUUUCCAAGAUAGUAUAGAAAUUUCAUAUGCGAAGAGAGAAAGUGUUAGUGUUAGUGAUAGUGUUAGUGUUAGUGUUAGUGUUAGUGUUAGUGUUAGUGUUAGUGUUAGUGUUAGUGUUAGUGUUAGUGUUAGUGUUAGUGUUAGUGUUAGUGUUAGUGUUAGUGUUAGUGUUAGUGUUAGUGUUAGUGUUAGUGUUAGUGUUAGUGUUAGUGUUAGUGUUAGUGUUAGUGUUAGUGUUAGUGUUAGUGUUAGUGUUAGUGUUAGUGUUAGUGUUAGUGUUAGUGUUAGUGUUAGUGUUAGUGUUAGUGUUAGUGUUAGUGUUAGUGUUAGUGUUAGUGUUAGUGUUAGUGUUAGUGUUAGUGUUAGUGUUAGUGUUAGUGUUAGUGUUAGUGUUAGUGUUAGUGUUAGUGUUAGUGUUAGUGUUAGUGUUAGUGUUAGUGUUAGUGUUAGUGUUAGUGUUAGUGUUAGUGUUAGUGUUAGUGUUAGUGUUAGUGUUAGUGUUAGUGUUAGUGUUAGUGUUAGUGUUAGUGUUAGUGUUAGUGUUAGUGUUAGUGUUAGUGUUAGUGUUAGUAAACAAUCGUGCUGA